AUGGGCAAUAUUCCGUUUGUUUCGUGGCUUCCACUCAUAUUCUUCCAUUGGUUAAUUCUGCGGGUGCACGUCUCUGUGGUACGUGGCCAAUGUGUUGAUGGUGAACGAACGUUGCUCCUUCAACUGAGGAAUGACCUUAGUUAUCAGGAUUCUCGGACUCUGACAUCCUGGAAUCAACAUCCUCGUUGCUGCGAGUGGGCAGGUAUAUCCUGUGACAGCAAUGGCCAUGUUGUUGGUCUUGACUUGAGUGAGCAGGACAUCGCCGGUGAGAUUAGCAGUUUAUUCAAUCUGGAAUAUUUGCAGGAUUUGAAUUUGGCAUAUAACAAAUUCGAUUCUGCUUUUCCAUCUGGAUUCCACAAGCUCAAAAGCUUGAUAUAUUUAAAUUUGUCUGACGCUGCAUUCAGGGGGCAGAUUCCAAUCGGGAUUUCUCACUUGACAAAGUUAGUCACUCUUGAUCUCUCUUGUUUUUACUGUGAUCCGAGACUAGAAAUUCCAAGUCUUCAAGACCUUGUACAAAAUCUCACAAGUUUGAAGAAACUGUAUCUGGAUGGUGUAGAUUUAUCAGCACAAGGACACAAAUGGUCGAAUGUUGUGUCGUCACUUUUGGGCCUGCAAGAAUUGAGCAUGCAGGUGUGUGGGCUCUCAGGUCCUAUGGAUUCUUUGGCAAAGCUUGUGCAUCUCUCGGUGAUUAGUCUUGACCGCAAUGAUUUGUCGUCUUCAGUUCCAGAAGCCUUUGCCAACUUUGAAAACCUAACAACCCUGAGCCUUUCUUCUUGCAGCUUGAGAGGAAUGUUUCCAAAGAAGAUCUUUCAACUAAGAAAGCUGUCCUUUGUUCACAUAUCAGAUAAUGAAGAUCUUCAUGGUUCAUUCCCAGACUUUCCAUUGAAUGGUUCUCUCAGGCGCUUGACAAUGACAGGGACAAAUUUUUUUGGAUCCAUACCAAAUUCUAUAAGUAAUUUGAGGCAGUUGUCUGUGUUACAUCUUUCUUCAUGCCAUUUCAAUGGAACACUCCCCAUCUCUAUGUCUGAGUUCACCCAACUUGUUGAACUAGAUUUGUCAGAUAAUAGAUUUACGGGCUCGAUUCCGUCACUAAAUAAGUGCAAGAAACUUGUUCAUGCAAUAUUCUCGAGUAACAGCUUCGCUGGUCCAUUACCAUCCACUCACUUUGAAGGCCUUGUGAAUCUAGUUGAAAUCGAUUUAACAAAUAAUUCCAUCAAUGGACGGUUCCCUUCAUCCAUAUUUGUGCUUCCAUCUGUGCAAGUCAUACGAGUUUCACACAACCGAUUUGAUGGCCAGCUGGAUGGAUUUACUUCCUCCUCAAUAAUAGACACACUUGACUUGAGAAACAAUGAUUUUGAAGGACCCAUUCCUCAAUCUUUGUUUCAACUUGAACGACUCCAUGAACUCCUACUGUCAUUCAACAGGUUCAGUGGCAGAGUAGACCUCAAUAUGAUUAGAAAGCUGGGUAACCUUGCUUUACUUGAACUUUCAUACAACAGCUUAUCGGUAAUUGAUUCAAAUAUUACCUUCCCACCUUUCCCUUAUCUAAUCAGAUUAGCUUUGGCUUCUUGCCAGUUGACCUCAUUUCCAGAAUUUUUGAAAAAUCAAUCAACAUUAGAGGUUCUUGACAUAUCAAGUAACUAUCUCGUUGGCACAAUUCCCCGUUGGCUUUCGAAUAACAUUGAUCUUAGCACUUUAAACCUCUCAAAUAACCAUUUGACUGAUUGUGAAGAGCCUGUGCUGAAUAACAUGUCCAUUGCUAGACUUGAUCUUCAUUCUAAUUAUCUCCGAGGAUCAUUUUCAAUUUUUCCAGAGACUCUACACUUCUUAGAUGGUUCCAAUAACAAGUUCAGCUCUUUUAUUCCACCACACGUUGGCAAUUUUUCACAACUACUCUAUUUUUCGCUUUCAAGCAAUAAUUUUCAUGGGAAUGUCCCAAAAUCUUUAUGCAAUGUUCCAUACCUUCAAAUUCUUGACCUCUCUAGCAUCAUUGAGUCAUUUCCUGGCUCGUGUGACUUGAGAACUCUAGAUUUGAAUGGGAAUUUCCUACAAGGAAAGCUGCCAAAAUGUCUAAGUAAUUGUGCCAUGCUAGAGAUCUUAGACGUUGGGAGCAACAAGAUUAACGAUGAGUUCCCAUGCUGGUUGAAGAGCAUACCCACUUUGCAUGUUGUUCUGCGUUUUAGCGGCAAAAUUCCACCUGCAUUCUUGAUAGCAUUGAAGGUAAUGCCAGGUGGAGAAAAUGACGGGAAACUGUUGAAGACGGAUCCACUUCAAUUUGAACUCGAUGAGGAUUAUAUUGAUCAUUAUUACCGAGAUGAAGUGAACGUCACGAGCAAAAAUCUAGAGAUGGAGUUGGUAAAGAUCCAAAAUAUCUUUACCUCCAUUGAUCUCUCAAGCAACAAAUUUGAAGGGCCAAUACCAGUAGUGCUUGGACAGUUAAGGGCAUUGUACAUACUUAACUUGUCCCGCAACGCUUUGUCAGGCAAAAUGCCAUCAUCUUUCGGAACUCUUAAACUGCUUGAGUCAUUGGACCUAUCAAACAAUUCUUUGUCAGGGGAAAUUCCAAAGCAGAUGGCAAAUCUGUCUUUCCUUGCAUUCUUGAACCUCUCAUAUAAUCAUCUAACGGGGAGAAUCCCAGCAAGUACUCAGAUUCAAUCAUUCGAAGCAUCUUCGUUCAUAGGUAAUGACGGAUUAUGCGGACCUCCAUUGACCCCAAAUUGCAGCAGCGAUGAAAGACCAGGGGUUUCUCAAUCACCAAUCAAGAAGUCCCACUCUGAGAGUUCAAUUGAUUGGAAUUUCAUAAGCGCUGAAUUGGGAUUUGUUUUUGGGAUUGUGAUUGUUCUUUUGCCGCUAGCUUUUGGAAGGCCUGGAGAAUAUGGUACUGGCAACACGUGGAUGACUUGCUUUAUACGAUCUUCCCGCAGCUGGAUUUUGUGUACGAAUGCCGUGGAGGGACAAAUUACAGAACCCUAA